AUCUUCUCUACUUCCUGUAAGGGAAGCGCAGUCAGCUGUCACAAUCUGAGGCGACAAGAGGGAGCACAGACGAGGAGGAACACACAACAACAGCCAAAAUGUCCAGUUUUUCCAACAAGUUUAGCGGUUACACGAUGACCCAGCUUAACGAAUUUUUGGAGGACGACGAUAAACUCACAAAAAUGAUACAGGAUAUGGACGAGAUGCAGGAGGUCCAGCAGAGCAAGGAGAAGACACUGGCCAUCAAUCGAACCCUGGCUGAGGAAAACCUCGCCCUGCAACCCAGGCUGGAUCACAAGAAAGAGCAGCUCACCAAGCGCUACGGUUGUCUUCAGGAGAGCUUUGAGUCUUAUCAGCUUCGCAAGUCGGCUUUAGACCACAAGUCAGGAAACACCUCCCUGGACAUUCUGCUGGCCCUCCUGCAGGCCGAGGGAGCUAAAAUAGAAGAAGAGACAGAGAACAUGGCUGACUCUUUCCUGGAUGGUGACAUGACUCUGGAUGCCUUCAUCGAUGCCUAUCAGAGCACAAGGAAGCUGGCCCACUUGCGACGCGUGAAAAUUGAGAAGCUCCAGGAGAUGGUGCUUAAGGGCCAGCGGCUCCCCCAGGCAUCAGUCCCUCCCUCCCGAUCUCAGGAUGUGUCGACAGCGGCCUCCCUCCUCACUGAUGAUGGCAGCAACAGCUCUUCUCCGGUCGCCCAGCCAAGAAGGAAACCACCGCCUCCUCCAUCCCAGCCUGCUCCUGUCCUAAAUCCAGUCCCACCUCCAACCACCGCCCCCGAGUCUCCUGUCUUCUAUUCAGCUUCACCAUACCCUCCAAUCCCUCCCAGAACGGGGCAGCCCUUUCCCAACGUCUCCUCUGCAUACCCCAGCCACUACCUCUCUCAGUACCCCCCUGCUUUGCCUCAGAGGCCCCCACCGCGCAUGGCCCCUCAACCAGGCUUCAUCAUGCAGUAAAUAAAAGAAUUUGCCAUUCGGAGGACAUGUGGUGUUUGUCAAAGACUUCUCACUACUAAAACUCCUCUGAGAACAAUUUUUCUAUUUCAUCUACCUUCUUGGAUUACGACCAGUCACAACACAAGAAGGCAGAUCCUCACCGGCUGGUCUGGUCAUGUUCAGCUGAAGCAGAUCUCCAAAAAAACCUCUGAAGAUCAGCAUUUACCUCUCAAAUGCGCCAACACUCCCAACAAAGAAUAAAGAAGAAACAAAAUGGGCUGCGAGUCUCUCUUAGCCAGAGUCCCUGUAGUAAAACAGACCGCCACAGUGAGGCUGCAGUGACCGAUUCACGCCAUCAGCCUGUUGGUCUCUGAGCUGGGCCUUACCAGUUAAUCAGCACUUUGUCUCUAGUCAGUCCUCAGCCAGUCUCUGCUCCUUCAACCAUGUUCCUCAAGCUUUUAAGGAACACUAAAGUUAGUAGAAAAAAUUAUAAAAAAAAAAAAAAGGGUUAAAAAUAGUCAUACCCAUGUGCAGCAUACUAAUUUACUGGUAAUGUAUAUGCAAGCAAGGAGAGACCCUAAUUACUGUGCAGUUUUAAUGAAAAUAUCAUUUCUGGGAAUAUAUUCAGGCAAAAACUGCAUCUAUGCUGUGAUUUUUCUGUUUUUUAUUAGUUUAUUCUUUGAUUAAAAAUUGACAAGGUACGUAGGAAUAUUUGAAUUCCAGCAUCAUCUAUUGAUAUAGUUCUAAUGGAGUUAUGUUGAUAAUAGAAGGAUAGACUGAUUAACAUGUGUUAAGGGGCUUUGGAUGGUGUCUCUUCUUCUGUAUGUGGGUGUGUCUGCAGACUCCAGACCUGCCUGGUUCGAAACAGCCGACUGGUCCAUCUCAGGGCGCAAGUCAGAGGGGAGAUGAGAGGAUUAGCAGCUGAGCUGAUGUUACAAGAAGGCCGAUGGAGCCUCAUCUGAAAUGAAGGGUUUAUGUAUAGCCAUACAAUACACUCCAGAUAAGUGUUUUUAUGGGCUCCUGUUGUAAUGCAACACUGUUUCUCUGAUGUCUGAUGUCUUUAACACCCACAGUUGGAACUUUAUGGGGAAAUGAUGCCAACAGUUCUUUGGAUCUCAUACAUGCUGUAUGGUUCUGUUCAGUUUUCUGUCACACUGAGCACCAAAGACUUCCCUCCUCACUCUAAGUUUUUAGUUUUAUUUGUGAGUGAAAUAUUUAGUAUAAUUAUCUACCAUCAUUACCAACAUAUCUCUUUGAUCUCGUUGUGGUCUUUUAUGUUUUGUUUGUUUUGGAUAUUUGGAAGCCAAAAGUCUUCAAGAGGAGCAACCUGGCUUCGGGACAAAGUUGUUUUUCUUUUUUUUUUUCUGGUGUGAUCUUUUAAAUUCUCCCUAUCCCCACCUCUUCUUUUCGACUGCUGUUGCUGUGCACUGUUGAAGAGCCACGAGUGCCUACACUUGAAGUGACGUUGUUCACCUUCUGCUGAUUACUUCCUGUGUCUCUAUGCUCAGCUGCAGAUGUUACGACUUCCCACAGCUCCUCAGAUUACAAAGAAGUCUGGUUUAGAAAUUGGUCUCCUCGUGAUACUCACUUUAUUUUUCCUAGUAGGUUAAAAAAUGCUUUGUCUCCAUUAGACUGACGAGCUUUGCUUAGAAACAGAAAUACUUCACAUAUGCCAGAGAGAAAAGAGACACCCACAGGCUACAUGCCAAGUAUUUCUGCUUGAUCUCUUCUGAUGCCUGGGGUGAAUCCACAUUUUUGCAUGUGAUGUUGUUUUUGUUUUGAUUUAAAUUGGUAAAAUAACAGGGCUCUGAAAUGAUUUGUCAUAUCUGUGAAAUAUUUCGCCUCAGAAAUGGCAGGCAGAUACAUGAAAAAUAGCCAAAAUGUCCCAGUGAACCAGCAUUUGCAACUAACCACAGAUUUUUCUUUUCUGCAUGGCCUUUGCCCUUUGUUCAGUUUGAAGACUCCUCUUAAAUACUACUUUUGUUUUACCUAAUGAGCUGCUUAGGUGUGAACUGAUCCUCUGCAUCCAUGGUUUUAUAUGUGGUUGGUGAUAAUUUCAGUGUAAUGUUGUAGGUAUUUACUUAUAAUGAAUGUUUAAGUGGAAUAUAAUGCUAUUUUCAAGUUCAAUAAAUCUCAGUUUUUUUGUA